AUGGAUCUGGAGCUCGCGCACGGCGCGGGGGCGCCGCGGAAGGUGAGCGAGCGACGGGGGGAGUCGUGGGCCGCGGUGCUGCUGCUGGCGUACCAGAGCCUCGGGGUGGCGUACGGCGACGUGGCCACGUCGCCGCUCUACGUCUUCAAGAGCGCCUUCGCCGGCGACGACAUCACGCACACGGCGGGCAACGAGGAGAUCUACGGCGUCCUCUCCUUCGUCUUCUGGACGCUCACCCUCAUCUCCCUCCUCAAGUACGUCUGCAUCGUGCUCCGCGCCAACGACGGCGGCGAGGGCGGCACCUUCGCGCUCUACUCCCUCAUCUGCCGCCACGUGCGGGCCGGCCUCCUGCCCGGCGGCGGCAACAGCGACGACCUCAUGGCGGACGACAAGGACGCCGCCGCCAGCCGUCGCGGCGCCGUCUCCAGGGCCAGGACGGUGCUGGAGAGGUACAGGGUGCUGCAGAGGCUCCUGCUCUUCUUCGCGCUGCUCGGGACGUGUAUGCUCAUCGGCGACGGCGUGCUCACCCCUGCGCUCUCCGUGUUCUCCGCGGUCUCGGGGCUCGAGCUAUCAAUGGAGAAGGCGCAACACAAAUAUGUAGGGCUUCCGGUGACGUGCGCGAUACUCGUAUGCUUGUUUGCUCUGCAACACUAUGGCACGCACAGAGUUGGGUUUAUCUUUGCGCCAAUCGUCUGCAUUUGGCUUCUCUGCAUAAGCAUGAUCGGGCUCUACAACAUCAUCCACUGGAACCACCAUGUGUAUCGAGCCCUUUCGCCCUACUACAUGUAUCAGUUUCUCAAGAAGACCCAAAAAGGUGGCUGGCUGUCACUGGGUGGAAUCCUUCUCUGUGUAACAGGCUCGGAAGCUAUGUAUGCAGAUCUUGGACAUUUCUCGCAACGAUCAAUUCAGAUUGCGUUCAUAUCAGUGGUUUAUCCAGCUCUUGUUCUGGCUUAUAUGGGACAGGCUGCCUAUAUCUCUCAACACCACAGCUUUGAGAAUAGCUAUCAUAUUGGGUUCUAUGUUUCAGUACCAGAAAAACUCAGAUGGCCUGUUCUAGUGAUCGCUAUCCUAGCAUCUGUAGUCGGAAGCCAAGCGAUUAUUACUGGUACCUUCUCAAUUAUCAAGCAGUGCUCUGCACUAAGUUGCUUCCCUGGUGUAAAGAUCGUGCACACAUCCUCUACGGUGCAUGGUCAGAUAUACAUACCUGAGAUCAAUUGGAUCCUGAUGAUACUGUGUCUGGCUGUUACUAUUGGCUUCAAUAACACAAAGCACUUGGCGAACGCACAAGGUCUUGCGGUCAUAACGGUUAUGCUUGUCACCACUUGUUUAAUGUCAUUGGUUAUCGUGCUUGUCUGGAACAAAAGUAUCUUCAUUGCCCUUGGUUUCCUGAUUUUCUUUGGCUCAAUCGAAGUAAUGUACUUCUCAGCUUCCCUUGGCAAGUUUCAUGAAGGUGCCUGGGUCCCUAUUACCCUUUCCUUCAUAUUUAUGGUGGUCAUGUCUGUGUGGCACUAUGGCACAAUAAAGAAGUACGAGUUUGAUGUUCAAAACAAGGUUUCAGUAAACUGGUUACUGAACCUCGGCCCUUCACUGGGAAUUGUUCGUGUUCGAGGCAUUGGGCUGAUACAUACAGAGCUUAUGUCGGGAAUUCCAGCCAUUUUCUCCCAUUUCGUAACAAAUCUGCCAGCAUUUCACCAGGUACUGGUCUUUCUCUGUGUUAAAUCAGUUCCAGUGCCACAUGUUGAACCAGAAGAGAGAUUUCUGGUGGGUCGCAUUGGUCCGAAAGAGUACAGGCUAUACAGGGUCAUUGUCAGAUAUGGGUACCGUGAUGUGCAGCAGGAUGACCUAGAAUUUGAGAAGGAGCUAAUCAACAGCAUAGCGGAGUUCAUUCGCAGUGGGGGGUCUGACCAGAAUGGCUUUGUGGAAGGCAGCGAGAAACUCUCCUCCAUUAGCAGCGGUGCCAUUCCAUUGUGGGAGGAGGACGGUGCUGGUGAAGUUGAUGGGCCGGCAUCCCCUAACAAGGAGAUAAACCAACAGACUCUGGCACCACAGCGAAAGAAAGCGAGGUUUGUGCUGCCAAAGAGCGCCCAGGUGGACGCCGAGGUGCGGAGCGAGCUGCAGGACCUGAUGGACGCAAGGGAGGCUGGCAUGUCCUUCAUUCUGGGCCACUCCCACAUGAAGGCCAAGAGCGGGUCUAGCUUCGUGAAGCGGAUCGUGAUCAACUUCUUCUACGAGUUCCUGAGGAGGAACAGCCGCGGCCCGUCCUACGCCGCCAACAUACCCCAUGCUUCCACCCUGGAGGUAGGAAUGGUCUACCAGGUGUGA